ACCUGCGCGAGUUGGGCAAAAGAGGAGGAGCGAGGUGACGCAGGCGUAAUAAUAGAGAAGGUGCCAGAAAGAUCCAAAACAAGUGGCUGCGGCCGUCGCCCAGAAGUCAUCGGACGCUGGAAUCUGGCCCUGGUUCUGAGCUUGUUCCGCACCCCUCCCCUGGGAAUGGCGUUGUCCGGGUCGACCCCGGCCCCGAGCUGGGAGGAGGAUGAGUGUUUGGAUUACUACGGCAUGCUGUCGCUUCACCGUAUGUUCGAGGUAGUGGGCGGGCAGCUGACCGAGUGCGAACUGGAGCUCCUGGCCUUCCUGCUGGAUGAGGCCCCCGGCGCCCCCGGUGGCCUGGCCCGCGCCCGCAGUGGCCUGGAGCUGCUUCUGGAGCUGGAACGCCGCGGGCAGUGCGACGAGAGCAACCUGCGGCUUCUGAGCCAACUUCUGCGCGUGCUAGCCCGUCACGACCUACUGCCACAUCUGGCGCGCAAGAGGCGCCGGCCAGUAUCCCCUGAGAGAUACAGCUAUGGCAAUCCCAGCUCUUCUUCCAAGAGGACAGAGGACAGUUGCCGGUGUCGGCGGCAGGCGAGCAGUUCUCCGAAUUCCCCUCAGAGUGGGUGGGACACAGGCUCCCCGCCAACCAAGCGGCAGCGUCGGAGUCGGGGCCGCCCUAGCAGUGGUGCUGGGCAGCGGCGGAGAGCAGACCUGGCAGCCUUGCAGCAGCACCAGCAGCACCAGGAGCUGGGCAGGCCCUCCUCAGAAGGCAAGGUGACCUGUGAUAUCCGGCUCCGGGUUCGGGCAGAGUACUGUGAGCACGGGCCAGCCUUGGAGCAGGGUGUGGCAUCCCGGAGACCUCAGGCGCUGGCCCGGCAGCUGGACGUGUUUGGACAGGCCACUGCUGUGCUUCGGUCAAGGGACCUGGGCUCUGUGGUGUGUGACAUCAAAUUCUCAGAGCUCUCCUAUCUGGAUGCCUUCUGGGGUGACUACCUGAGUGGUGCCCUGCUGCAGGCCCUUCGGGGCGUGUUCCUGACUGAGGCCUUGCGGGAGGCCGUGGGCCGAGAGGCCGUCCGCUUGCUGGUCAGCGUGGACGAGGCUGAUUAUGAGGCUGGCCGGCGCCGCCUGUUGCUGAUGGAGGAGGAAGGGGGCCGGCGUGGGACAGAGGCCUCCUGAUUCCAGGUCUGCCAGGACCAACCCCCACCUCCAAGUCUCCAGGCCACCAGAAAGACAACCAUGACCAUCUUGCUCCCAGAUGACUGUCAUUCAGCAGCUCGAGGGCGGCAUCGGGACGCCAGGUUCCAUGAUAGCCUCUAUGAUGUGUGGGCUUUGAGGCAUAAACCACUUCCAGCUGCUUCCAUACCAAAUUCCCCACUUCCAGGUGGAUCCCCUCAGCCUUGGGGGCCCAGGAUCACAGAGCCCUGAAGCAGGGAGACAUGGCCCCUCUCCCCCCCCCCCCCCUUCGUGUCUCUCACCCUGGGCCAAUGCUGGCUGGCCCCACACACUUUAGCCUAAGGGCUACUCUCUCAGGAUCUCACAUUUACUGUCCCCUCGUGGGUUUCAGCCACAGCAGUGGGCUCUGGAGCUGGGGUGCCCAUGGGCAUGCUCACCUUGCCCCUUCAUCUAACCAACCUGGGCUCUGCCUGCGGCACACAGACAGCCAACUCAUGUCACCUUCCCUUGCUCCCUGGAACGAGACAGGCUUGCCCUUGGGCCCUUUAACCCAGACUGUCACAUGGGCUUUGUGGCCACAUCAGAUCAAGGGUAGCUGUUUCAGACAGAGCUAGGACCAGAGUCAGCCACUAUCUCGUGAAGGGAAAGUGAGGACUUGGGCCGAUGGGAAGGUGUUUCACAAACUGCGCCAAUAAACUGCCCUGGCAAGGGCAUAGUUGGGCGUC